UCGACACGGAAAUGCAGGAAACAGAGAAAGACUUUGAUGUACUGGUAUAUGACUCUAUCUUUGGAAAUGGAUUCCCCUCAAAGCUCUCAGAAAUCAAUAGGCGACAGGCUAUUUGCCGCGAUUAGACCACUCAGGGGCUUCAUUGAAGCCAUAAUCUUCAGCUUCGCUCUCUGCUUUGGUCGCCAGCUUCCGCGCGACUGCUUGCAUGAAGAUUCCUUCGAUGAUCUCGACUGUCUAGCUAAUACAACUCCUUUUACUGUGAAUGAAAUUGAGGCGCUGCGCGAGUUGUACAAGAAGUUGAGUAAUCUUCUAAUUGAUGAUGGUCUGAUACACAAGGAAGAACUACAAGUGGCACUAUUGAGAACUAGAGACGGCGAGAAUCUUUUCCUGGACAGGGUAUUUGAUGUUUUUGAUGAAAAGAAAAAUGGAGUCAUUGAAUUUGAGGAGUUCGUUCGUUCACUCAGUGUUUUCCAUCCUCGUGCUCCCGUGGAGGACAAAAUCGAUUUUGCAUUUAGGUUGUAUGAUUUGACACAAACUGGAUACAUCGAAAAGGAAGAAGUUAGGAAAUUGGUAGUUGCUUUUCUUUCGGAAUCCGGUCUACAGCUCUCAGAUGAAAGCCUUGAAGCUAUCAUUGAUGAGACAUUCUCUGAUGCAGAUGUCGAUAAGGAUGGCAAGAUUAACAAAGAAGAUUGGAAGGAUUUCGUUGUUCGGCACCUAACACUUCUGAAGAACAUGACGCUUCCAUAUUUACAGGAUAUCAUGGGCACGGCAGUGUUUCCCAGCUUUAAUUUCAACACUGAAGUUGAUGACUAAACACAUUGGCAAUGCUAACGUGAGGUUCAAAUGUUGAAAAUGAAAGAGAAGCUUCUGCUGCAUAUCAUGGGCUACUGCUGAAAAUGAAUUAUGUAGCUUACGUGGCAUGCGUAAGUACACUUACCAUGAAAUUCAUUGUGCUUGUAAAAGAAAGUCAAAACACAAAUAUUUUCUUCUUAUUUUAACUG